AUGGCUAGCGGCGAGGGCUUUCUGACGGAGGAGCAGAGGGAGACGCUGAUGAUUGCAUCACAGAAUGCGGAGGUGAUGUCGUCGUUGCAGGCGUCCUCGCCUAAAUCCCCUGGCCCGAAGUCUCCCGGUCGGAACUCGUUUAUGCUGUCCGAGCACCACCAUCAUGUGAAGGCGCCGAGUGGGGGCCAUUCGGCUGCGGUGGGGGGCGUGGCUGUCAGACACGUCCGCCGCUCGCACUCUGGAAAGCAUAUCAGAGUUAAGAAGGAUGGUGCUGGCGGCAAAGGUACCUGGGGAAAAUUACUCGACACUGAUGGUGAUUCUUUUCUUGAUAGAAACGACCCAAACUAUGACAGUGGAGAGGAGCCUUAUGCCCUAGUUGGAUCAACCGUCUCGGACCCUCUGGACGAAUACAAGAAAGCUGUGGCAUCUCUUGUAGAGGAAUACUUCACCAAUGGCGACGUUGAUGUUGCUGCCUCCGAUCUUCGAGAGCUCGGGUCAAGCGAGUACCAUCCCUACUUCAUCAAGCGCCUUGUAUCUAUGGCCAUGGACAGGCACAACAAAGAGAAGGAGAUGGCUUCGGUUUUGCUGUCAGCCCUUUAUGCUGAUGUCAUAGGCGCAGCACAAAUCAGCCAGGGCUUCUUCAUGCUGCUCGAAUCUGCUGAUGACCUUGCGGUUGACAUACCGGAUGCCGUCGAUGUUCUGGCCCUGUUCAUUGCCCGCGCAGUGGUCGAUGACAUACUUCCCCCGGCCUUCAUCACCCGGGCCUGCAAGAAGCUUCCGGAAGCUUCCAAGGGUUUCCAGGCCCUUCAGACAGCCGAGAAAAGCUACCUCUCAGCUCCCCACCAUGCGGAGCUCGUCGAGCGGCGCUGGGGUGGGACCACGCAUUUCACGGUCGACGAUGUGAAGAAAGAAAUUGCCGAUUUACUGAGGGAAUAUGUCGAGAGUGGGGACACUCCUGAAGCGUGCAGGUGCAUCCGGCAGUUAGGCGUCUCGUUUUUCCACCACGAGGUCGUGAAGAGGGCUCUGGUACUGGCUAUGGAGAUUCGCUCGUCCGAGCCUCUCAUCCUGAAACUGCUAAAGGAAGCAGCUGAUGAGGGCCUGAUAAGCUCGAGUCAGAUGGUCAAAGGCUUUUCCCGGUUGUCCGAGAGCCUGGACGAUCUCGCCCUUGACAUUCCCUCAGCAAAAACAAUGUUCCAAACCAUUGUCCCUAGGGCGGUAUCCGAAGGAUGGCUCGACUCAUCUUUCGCCAAAGCUUCCAAUGAGGAUGGCGGGGAUAGAGAUCCGGACGAAAACGACGAAAAGCUGAGGCGUUACAAAAAAGAAGUUGUCACCAUAAUUCACGAGUACUUCCACUCGGACGACAUUCCCGAGCUAAUCCGAAGCCUGGAGGAUUUAGGUAUGCCCGAGUACAACCCAAUUUUCCUCAAGAAGCUAAUUACCCUCGCCAUGGACCGUAAAAACCGAGAAAAGGAAAUGGCUUCUGUCUUGCUCUCCGCCCUUCACAUCGAGAUCUUUUCCACCGAGGACAUAGUCAACGGCUUCGUGCUCCUUCUGGAGUCGGCCGAGGACACGGCCCUCGACAUUCUCGACGCAUCCGAUGAGCUGGCAUUUUUCCUCGCGCGGGCUGUGAUAGACGAUGUGCUGGCGCCUCUAAACCUGGAGGAAAUCAGGAAUUUGCUCCCUAGCAACUGCUCGGGUAGCGAGACUGUGACCAUGGCCCGGUCGCUCAUAGGCGCCCGCCACGCAGGCGAGAGGAUCCUGCGUUGCUGGGGUGGUGGAACCGGGUGGGCCGUGGAGGAUGCAAAGGACAAAAUCCAGAAGCUUCUGGAAGAAUACGAGAGCGGGGGAGCGGUGGGCGAGGCCUGCAGGUGCAUUCGGGACCUGGGGAUGCCGUUUUUCAAUCACGAGGUGGUGAAGAAGGCGCUAGUGAUGGCUAUGGAGAAGAAGAAUGAUCGUAUGCUGGACUUGCUCGGGGAAUGUUUCAGUGAGGGGCUGAUCACGAUUAAUCAGAUGAGCAAAGGGUUCAACAGGGUGAAGGACGGGCUGGAUGACCUGGCGCUUGAUAUCCCGAACGCGAAGGAUAAGUUUGGGUUUUACUUGGAGCACGCGAGGGGGCACGGGUGGCUGCUGCCGUCGUUCGGUUAG